AUGGAGGACGCGACCAACGCGCACCUCUACGCCCACGCUCACCUCCACCGAAGCAAGCGCCCCUCUCCGGCCGCCUUCAAGGAGGAGGACGGCGACUGCGACGCGCUCCACAAGGGGGCGCGGUACCGCGGCGUGCGGCGCCGGCCGUGGGGCCGUUUCGCGGCGGAGAUCCGCGACCCCGCGUCCAGGGAGCGGCGGUGGCUCGGCACCUUCGACACCGCCGAGCAGGCGGCUUGCGCCUACGACGUUGCCGCGCGCGCUAUGCGCGGCAGCAAGGCGCGGACAAACUUCCCCGUGCACGCCGCCGCGGGGUUCUGGCCGUGGGGCGCGCCGCCGCAGCCGGCGCACACGCUCAACCCCUUCCUCCUGCACAACCUCAUCAUGAGCUCCUCCCACCACGGCUUCCGCCUCCUCCACCAAGCGGGCCACGGCCACGUCGUCAACUCCUCCGCGCCCUCCAAGCCGCCGGCGCCGGUCGCCGCGGCCAUACCAGCGCCGUCCCCUGUCGCCCCGCCUCCCAGUGAUCUGGACGACGAGGACGUCGACGACUGGGCCGGCCUCAUGCGGGGCGAGCCCGCGGACGCCGGGCUGCUGCAGGACGCGCUGCACGGCUUCUACCCUGCUGGCACUCGCCCGCGCGGCGGCGCCAGCCGCAGCCUUUCCGCUUCCGGCGCCGACGCCAGGGCGGCCGCCGCAGAUGUGCCGGUAAAGCAGGAGAGGUACGACGCGUUCGUCGACAUCGACGGCGAGGAGGGCGGCGAGUACCCGAUGAUGCCGCAGGGUCUGCUCGGCGACGUGAUCCAGUACCCGGCGUUCAUGGAGGUCGUGGCCGCGCCGUCCGCCCCCACGCGCCGCGGCCGCUGGGGCUGA